UGGGUACACAGUGAAGGGUAUAAAACCCCUCUCUCUCGCUCUGCUACAGUUCAUUUCCUCUGGGAAUUCUGAGGUCUGUGGUCGUCAUGUUUGUCUGUAAGGUGACUGUGGGUCUUCUGGCCCUGCUGGUGGUCUGCUCUGUCAGAGCUGAGGAGGAGCCUGCUGUUGAGGAGCCUGCUGGUGAGCUGUCUGUAGGAGAACUGCUGGAGAGAGCCAACAGAGACCUCACUCGUGACUUUGAUGAGCCUGAGCUGAUUGGAGACAUCGCUGUUGAUGAUGAGAGGAACGCUGAUCCCUGCACCUCCCGCGGCUGCAUGUGGCCCAAGUCCAACGAUGGCAAAGUCUACGUGCCCUACGUCAUCUCCAACCAGUUUGCCUCCCGUGAGGUGCAGGUGAUCCAGCGUGGUCUGGACUCCUUCUCCUCUUUCUCCUGCAUCCGCUUCAAGCGCCGCACCAACGAGAGAGACUACCUCAGCAUCGAGUCCCGCAAUGGAUGUUACUCCUACGUUGGACGUCGUGGAAAUGCCCAGACUGUGUCUCUGGCCCGCAAUGGCUGCAUCUACCACAAAACUGUCCAGCACGAGCUGCUCCACGCUUUGGGCUUCAACCACGAGCAGACCCGCAGUGACCGCGACAACCACAUCCGCGUGGCCUGGGAGAACAUUGUUGACACCAUGAAGCACAACUUCAACAAGAUCGCCACUCUGAACCAGGGAACUCCCUACGACUACAACUCUGUCAUGCAGUACCACAAGACUGCUUUCUCCAAGAAUGGUAAGCCUACCAUGAUCCCCAUCCCCAACGCCAACGUGGCUUUCGGACAGGCAACUCAGAUGAGCCAGAAUGACAUCACCAGACUCAAGAAACUCUACAAAUGCUAGACCUUUCACAGAGACUGUUCUGCAGAAGGCUUGUAUUUAAAGUUGCCUGCGAUCAGAGCCCUCAAAGGAAAAUAGGAAUAUAGAAUAAUAAAAUAUUAACUGCA